AAAACCUUGAUAACUGCACGUCGAAAGUUUACAAUAAAAAGCUAGAUUAUUAGCUUUCAACUUUGUGCCUUCUCCUCGGUUGGAUCAACACAGAAGAGAAUCAGACUUCCAUUUUCUUUUAUCUGACGAGAAGCCGUUGGGAAACACGCCAAGAAAGACACCACACCACAAAUAUUCCAACAUGUCGCAGUUCGACGAGAAAGAAGAAUCCCCGCCGCCGUUCGAAGCCGGCGAUUUUCAAGGCGCAACAUCUGAUGAAAAAUCACAGCCCGGCUCAUUCGCCACGCCCUUCGCGUGCAUAACCCUGAACAUGACGGAUUGCAUCCGCUUCAUCAACUUCCCACGCGAGGAGGUCUCCGCCCUAUACAACCUGAUCCAAACCUCCUGGCCAAAGGGCGCUCGAGAACCCCGGCUAUAUGGAGGCUCACAGGAGGUUAGGCUGCACGGUUCGCCUUGGUCCGAUGACUUCAGCGGGAAUAACAACUCGCGGAGACUUAUCCGGAAGUUACUUGAGACCCUGUUCGACCGCGGCUGGAUCUUGCAGGCUGGCGUGGACAUGAGCAAGAAGGAUCAAGACAAGGACACACUUGUGUUUCGGUACCAGUCGCCUCCACCACCACCAUGUGACUGGCUCUGCAUUUCCUUCGACACAUGGGACAAGCUCAAGUUUGUGGAAGCCCCGUCUAGCGAUCUUGCCGGAGCCAUUUUCCAGGCCUUUGAAUCCCGCAUAUCCAAGCACGAGCCGAAAGACGAUUGUCUUAAGCUCCAUUUCCGCGGAUCGCCGUGGUACCCUGAUGGCGAAGAGACUGUUAGUUCGCGUCUGAUCCUGAUGACGCUCCUGGAGGUCCUCGAGAGGUUUGGCUACACCCUAUACGGGAGUAUCUGUGCGCAGAAUGGUCAUCAGGGUACAGACGCCGAUGUGUUGAUUGUGCAUCGUCAGAAGGACUGGAGCCCAGGGGCGCCUAUUUGGCAUCGUUAAUUAAGGAGUGUGCUGUUGUCGCAAAGAGAAGCUGUCAUGAGCAUUGGGUAUUGACUAUGGAAAGGAGAAUGGAUAUCAAAUAGCUCGAUGAUCAAACGUUGUUCCCGUUAAUCGACCUUUGCUGCUGCUUUAACACUGUCCAAACCACUCUGGUUUCCACCACAACACCGUGAGCCGCAACUCAGCAAUGGCAUACGGCGACGCAUAUCAAUAUAUCAGUUAAGACAUGAUGCGGAAGAUAGGGUACUCGUCCCCCGUGUCGACCGGAACAAUAUUAAAGCUGAC